AUGUUUCCACGACACAAGACAAAGCAGCAGUCAGCGGCCACGCGUAUAGAUCCGGAGCAUGAUGCUACCGACUCCAACUUAGCGUCACUUCUCCAUAAAGCACUUCCCUCCGCCGCUACAGAAACUGACAAAGACCCCAUUCCAGAACUCCAAGAGAUCUGGCAAGAAGCAUACGACCACGUUGCCAAGAGUGAAGGUGGAGAUUUGAGGAGCAAAGUAGAAAAGUUCGAAGCAGCAAUACGAUCCAAGUACCAGCAGUCUGAUGCUGGUGGUGGUGGUGGGAAUGACAGCAGCAACUCCUUGGUUAGCGAUCUCGCAAGCCUCGACUCCACCAGGCGACAGGACCUCAUGGCAAAACUGAUGGGCCAACGUGGGAACGAGUCGAAAGGAGCCAAGGCAGUCUCGGGGAUAAUAUCUGUGUUUGAUUCCACUCAAGAAGCUAUUGGUACACUGCUAGACCUUUAUCAGCCCGCUUCGAUAGCGUGGGCAGGGAUUUGCUUGGUUAUAGCUCCUCUGUCCAACUUUGCAAAGGCAGUGGACGAUAAUGGAGCGGGGAUCGCCUACAUCACAGGAAAACUGCCUGAGAAUAUAGAGCUUAUAGAACAUCUUCGGUCGAAACCGUGGAAAUCACGGGAAGGAACCCAGAAGUUCAAGCUUACUAUUCGAAACAACCUCGUUCAACUCUACCGGCUCAUCAUUGAGUACCAAGUACUGACAUUCCACGCUUGUCAUUCCAAAUCUGCCAUUAUGAAGAGCAGUCUAGGACUAGCCAAGUGGAAGGAGAAGCUUGAUGGCAUAAAAUCUGCCGAGGCGCAGCUAGAUAAAGUCGUGGAUCUGUAUUACCGAACGCAAACUCUCGACAAGUCUGAUGAGACAAAUGAGAAUGUGGUUGCAACAUUGCAUUUCCUUAAAGAGAAAGAUCAGUCAAAAAAGAGAAAUGCAUUGAUAGAGGCGUUUAAUCCAGAAAUAUCUGACCUUGAUUAUGAAGCGUAUCAGGAAUAUCUGAACCGCUUGGCGACGCCUCAUCAAGGGACCAACCAAGGAAUCAUUGACAGCCCUGAGUUUCAAGGCUGGAUGAGGGCUAGGGAAGCACGCUUAUUACUUCUUUUGGGGAACCCUGGGACAGGAAAGAGUGUCUUCAGCAAAGCAUUGGAACACGCGUUACAGCACAUAACUGGUAAAUCAUCCAGUCCAUCAACUAUCAGUUCGUUCUUCUUCAAGGAUAAAAGUGGCCAGCAAAAUAGAGUGAACCUCGCCCUUUGCAAAAUCUUGUAUGAUUUAUUCAAGAAUCGAGAGGAUCUCAUCGACGAUGUUCAAGACAUAGUCAACCCCCUUGACAAGAAUUCCUUGCGGUUGAAUACUGAUAUGCUAUGGGAGAUUUUCAUAGCAGCAACGCAGAGCGCCGCGCCCGAUAGUGUGAUCGUCAUUUUUGAUGCAGUUGAUGAAAUAAAUCAGAACCAACUAAUGGAUUUUUUGGAAAAACUACGACGGUUUUCAAACCAAGCAGUCAAGAUUUUCGCUACUGCGCGCCCCAUCCAACCUAUCCUCGACAUGUUUACACCGCAGACGUAUCAUGGAAUACCGGUUGUAUCUUCUCCUCCUGUGUUCAUGCUAGAUCUCGAAUACAACCGCUCACUCUACGAUGAUAUCGUCAAGGUAGCAAAUGACCGAUUGGCGGCCUUCUUCAAGGACAAAAGGAUCUGGGACCAAGAGACCAGGGCUACGUUGCGUCAACAGCUUGAGUCAUAUCUGCAAAAUAAUCGCACCUAUCUUUUCGUUGAACUUGUUUUCAGAUAUCUUAAAGGUCUUAAGCAGGAACGCGUGGCCAGACACUGGAUUAGAAAGUUUAAAUCAUUGCCUUCUAGUGUAUACGAUACCUACAGCACUCUUCUGGAGACCACCCAAGAAGAAGACCGAACCUACGUGAAGACUAUGCUUCAGCUGACCCUCGCGGCGCGAAGGCCGCUAGAACUGAGAGAGAUGAACGCUGCCCUCGGAAUUCUUGAAAUCGACGCGGACGACAGCUUCGACGACCGCGAUUAUCUCGAUAGCAAUGCGAAUGUCGACGACCCGAGCCCAAGCGACGACUUCAGAGCAUGGAUUCUGGACAAAUGUCAAUUCUUUCUAAUUGUAUACAAUGAUGGAAUCUACUUUAUCCACCAGACGGUCCGAGACUACCUUCUUUCCAGUGGAAAUGAUGACAAAAGACCGACAUGGCUGGCCAGCGACUUUUCUGAGCUUACCUGCCACGAAGUUAUGAUGAAGAGUUGCAUAAAAUACAUGUCAAUUCCCCGCGAGUUGGACUUCCCGCUACGCUCUAUGAGACAAUUGUUUGAUGCCUCGCAGUCCAUGCAACAUAAACAUUUUGAGUGGUUCGAAUCGGUCAUGGAAGAUGAAUAUGCAUUUGGCGAGUACAGCUUCACAAAUUGGUUCUUCCACGCGAAUCUCAUUCGAAAGAAAGAGGAUAAAAAGUGGCCAGGUAUGAUUGACGCUCUCAAGAAAAAAUAUCCGUCCAUGUCUUUUGACCUAGCUUGGUUUGUUUUCUGCUGCUCUAGCUUGCCCUCUGCAAAUGGGGUGAGAGUUUUCAAAGAGACGUCCAUAAUCGACAGUAUGAUUGAGGACGUUGACCUGGCUCUGAGCUGCUUAUCGCUAGGUUUGGUCAAACGGUGUCUGGACAUUGACUUUUACGAGGAUUUAUCCUAUGCUAUUGACUUAGAGAAGGAAGUCAUCGCCAGAUCGGAUCCAGACGAUGAAAGGCUGGCCCAGAGACUUUUGAACUUGAGCGACGUUUACUUGCUGCAAGCCCGGAGAAACAAUUCUGAUACUGCGGCGAGCCUGUCAAUUGAGCAUGUAGACAGAGCAAUAAAAAUGAUCCCUCGAACUCACGCUAAUCGACGUCGAGCUUUGGGUAUACUUGCCGUAGCCCUCAAUCUCCGGUUUUGUUAUGAAAAAGAUGACAAAGAUAUAAAAAGAGCAAUUGAUGCAAUCGAGAACGCCUUAGACCCUAACGUGUAUCCUCCCACUGAGGAUGAGAAGUAUUAUUUAAAGCAAGACCACAAAAUUUGCUUAACGAGUCUAUUCAGAUAUUCUGAAUUCCGCAAGGCAGCCGGUGAUAAUGAAGAUGACGACCGGGCUAUCGAGACUGCCCGGGUGGUUGUUGACAAAUUUUCACAAUUGCACCAUGCUUCGCCUUCUGAGAGACUGAUGGUGCUAGCCAGCUUGUUUGAAGAGUAUGCCAAAAGAAAGCGAACAAAACAGCAUAUUGAUGCUGCCAUUCAAGCAUUCCACGGCGCCUUUGAAAUCACACCGGUUGAGAACAGUGAUCGGGUUGACUGCCUAUACUCCAUGGCCGUGAACAUGCAUUUCCGGUACACCUGUCUCGGGUCAAAAGAAGACCUAACUCACGCUUUUAGCUUUGUCAAGACAUUGUACAGUCUCAUUGCCCAGUCUGACUCUGCCUCCUACACGAAGAACUGCUGGUAUCUCAAAUUGGCAAAACUCAAGGACGGCAUACUUCGAGAUGUAGAAAAGCUGAAAGAAGACGAAGAGGGGGGUCCGGAAGUUGAAACGUCUUCCUAG